UCUAUCUCGCCUACAGGUAGAGCGGUUCCGCAGGAAAUACCCACACAUGGCAACUCAUCCGGUCAGGGUGCCUCCCCAUCUCCUGCCCAGCAGCUUAAUCGACUAGUCGACAACUUGCUUGUUCAAUCCUUAGCACCUUCUACAAUCUCAGCUUAUCGCCUGGCGUGGCAGCAUUUCCGUCAAUUCAGCCUUGAAAUCCACUGUACAGCCAAUAUCAAGCCCCCUAUUCCAGAGCCUAUAGUAUGCCAGUUUAUUUCCUACUUACAUAGUAAGGGAUUUGCCCCAGCGUCGAUAGCAUCUAAACUUUCAGCUAUAGGUUUCAUUCACAAAAUCCAAAAUCUACAAGACCCCACUUCUACUUUCGUCGUUCGCAAGUUGAUGCACUCAAUACAAAAGAACCACGUACCCGACGGAAGGUUGCCCAUAACGCCUCCUAUUCUUUCCCAAUUGAUUGAUGCCUUGAAGUUCAUAAAGACCACGUACUACAAUCAGUGCCUGUAUGAGGCAAUGUUCACGUUUAUGUUCUACUCUUUAGCUCGCAUAAGCGAAGUAACGGUAACUAAUUCUUCCCAACACACUCUGACCUUAGCGGACCUCAGGGGUAAUCUGGACUCUAAUAGUGGCCUAACUUCCUUCUUGGUACAGUUUAAGACGUACAAACACAGCAGUCCUUCAGCCCAAUCCACCAUCCAGAUCCAACCACACCCAGAAAGUCCGCACUGCCCGGUGGUAAGCCUUGCUAAGUACCUCCAACUACGGGGAAGGAACCCGGGGUACCUGUUCCAACGUAGGGAUGGUUGCCCUGUUACCAGCGAUAACUUUGCCAAGGCAUUAAGAGCCUGUGUCCUGCAAGUCAAACUCGAUCCACAAAAAUACACCUCGCAUUCCUUCCGAAUUGGAGCUGCUACGCAAGCAGCUUUGCAGGGGGUUUCGGAUUCGAACCUUCGGCUACUAGGGAGAUGGACCUCAGAUGCAUUUAAAAAAUAUAUUCGCACUUAACUCCAUAGAAGGCACCUGGUUCGUACUUGAACAGCUGAAAAAGAUCCCUAAUAGACCCUUAAACGGGUAUAAUCGGCUAACGGCACAAUAGGUUGAUACCUACUCAACCUCACCAAUAAGAAUUAUCAACUUUAGACUGAAACCCCUACAUAGGGUGAGUUACCCUACAGCCUUGAUACAUGGUGUGUUACCCAUAUGUCUGAUCAACUACAACAUUUGAACAGGGUGAGUUACCCAGAGUUCGAUAACAACAGUAAGUUCCCUGCUUGCAUCCUAAACCAAGCUACAUUGGAAUACAACGUUUAGGGUGCCCUGCUCAAGGUUAUGAUAGCAAUAGCUAGCUCCAUGCCUGUAUUGAACACCUGGCCAGUGCGGCUUUUAUGCCGGUAUACGGUGAGUUACCUUAGUUCUGAUAAUAACAGCUGACUAGUACAGGUUUGUUUGUUUUCUAAACCGAACUGGAUAGCAUAGCUAUACUCUUAUAAUAAGUAGAUUUGUUGAUUCUUAGUCCCUGAGUAGUCUCCCAGUUAUGAAUGUAUUACCUUGCGUAAUUCCAUACUACCCUACAGCACAUAAAUGUAUGCUAACUCAAUAGAAACUUUUCUUUCUGUCGUUGCUCCGUAGCGAAAUGUAUUACCAGGUGUCACUCCAUGUCACUUUACGGUAAACAAUUUUAUGCUAACGCUGUAUAGGGAAAAAACAGAUAGUUUACAAUACUCAAGGAUACGAAGUUAGAUUUAUAAAUAAAGCGAUCGACACUGUUAGUCUAAGUUACAGCCAUGCUGCUCAGGUUACUUUCAUAAUAUGCCAGUAUUUUUCUCUAAACGUACCCUACAAUACUCUACAGAUCCUAGGCAACAUUUGCAUUACGUCAAUAUUUCAGCAUCGCACCUAAAAAGUCGUUUCAGACUGUUGUAUAGAAACUAGCUCAGACGUUUUGUUUGUUCACCUUCGCCACAUUUCAGUUUAUUGAACAUUUCUUGUUUUUAACGUUUUUAACGUUUAAGUGGUGGUAAACCAGUACUCAAAUUAUGUUGGAAAUCUUAUAAUGUUCGUAAACUUGUAUGAUUGGCAUGUGACCUUUAUACGAAAAACCUUUUCACGAGAUAUAUGGAACCGUUGUCAUGGUAACCAUUUGGCGUGUUGCCAAAUAUUGAGAAUGAUACAUAUUUAUGUAAUGAUUCUAUGUUUUUUCCAUUCUGUAUGCCAAUCUUGACAAUAUACCUGUUUUUCCGCCAAAGAUGCCAAGUGUGUCAGUUGAAUUCUUGUCUCCCUGUCCUUAUAUCGGUCGGAGAAGUAGGCAUAAGGGGCUUUUCAUGAAAUGAAAA